UGGAACUGUCUAUUAUUUUCGGUAAAGACGAUGCUUGAGGCUGAUAAAUCCGUCGCUGUGUUACAUCAACGACAACAACAUAUAUUCAGGCGAACAAAUAAAUGACAGUUUUAAAGUGUGAUUCGGAUGAUACCAUUAGUACUGUGAGUGUUUUCCUGUGUAGGACACCCCUGUUGUUGUUGCUAGGUGCUGCUCCUGGCACUUCCUUGUUCAAAAGUUUUAUUUAGAGGAAGGCUUGAGGGCAGAAGUUAGUCACCGGACUGAGUGUUAUUCCUGUUGCCUGCGGUCAAAGCGAUGGAGUUAUGGCGCACAUUUGGUUGUAAUUAGCGCGUAGCCGCCACCGUUUCGUUAAUGGAUGAAAUAAUCAGACGCUGUCAGCAGUGAAGAACUCCAGAAAGAGGAAGAUGUCCACGGCUAGCAUUAGCGAAGACAUCCGAGGGAAGUUUCCCCUUCAUUCCGCAGUUUGGGAGAACGACUACAGGAAACUGGAACAGCAAAUAGGAUUACAGCAGGAUGACAUCGAGGCUGUUGACCCCAGGGGUCGGACACCUUUGCACCUGGCCGUGUCGCUUGGACACCUGGAGUUAGUGAGAGUUCUUCUGAGGCAUGGUGCUUCAGUGACAAAAGAAAAUGCCAAGACUUGGACAGUGCUGCAGGAAGCCGUCAGCACCGGAGACCCAGAAAUGGUUCAGUUAGUGCUUCAGCGUAGAGACUACCUCAAGGCCUCCACUGCUCUGGGAGGAGUUCCUGAGCUGCUGUUGAAGAUCAAGGAGUCUCCAGACUUUUACAUGGAAAUGAAGUGGGAAUUCACCAGCUGGAUACCUCUUCUGUCCCGAAUUUGUCCAAGUGAUGUCUGUCGCAUUUGGAAAAGUGGUGCCUGCCUGCGAGUGGAUGCCACCCUUCUGGGUUUCGACAACAUGACCUGGAUUAGAGGUCGUAGGAGUUACAUCUUCAAAGGAGAUGAUUCCCACGCCGAGCUGAUGGAGGUGAACCACGAGGACGGCGUAGUCGACACAGAACGCUUCAACAUAUCCCAAGAAAUGGAAGACGUCACGUUGGAGUCGAUGCAGCCAGCAGAACAGGAAGUCGCCAAAAGGUUGACAACACCUAUUGUCAACACCUACUUGGACACAAAGGAUAUUGCUUUUGAAAGAUGCAAGUCUGGGAUUUUGGGCUGGAGAACUGACAAAACAGAAGUGGUCAAUGGGUUUGAAGCAAAGGUUUUCAGUGUGAACAACGUAAACGUGGUCAUCAGGACGAGGACGGAGCAUUUAACAGACGAGGAGAAAGCCAGGAUUAAAAGUGAAAGGAAUGUUUUAGAGUCUUUGCUGGGGACUGUGGAGCAGCACAUAAGUGCACAGGGGAACUUAACUCUGGAGUAUGCCACAGCCACAAACCCCACCGCAAUCACUCCAGAGGAAUAUUUUAAUCCCGACUUUGACCUGGGUAACAGAGACAUCGGCCGUCCCAUUGAACUGACUAUUCGAACGCAGAAGUUCAAAGGAACACUGUGGAUGAGUGAGGAGCAUCCUCUGUCCCUGGUGGAGCAGGUGACCCCCAUCAUUGACCUCAUGGCACGAACCAGUUCCCAUUUUGCACGAUUGAGAGACUUUGUAACCCUUAAGUUUCCCCCUGGAUUUCCAGUUAAAAUAGAGAUUCCCCUGUUUCAUGUGCUGAAUGCCAGGAUUACAUUUGGUAAUGUGAACAAAUGUCGCACCGAAGAGGAGGCAGCAUCUCCGGAAGAAAACGACGCAGCUGCAGCUCCAACUCCAUUUCAGGUAUGCCCCUCAGUGUUCGAGGUACCUCAGAGUUAUCACCGCAGAGGGGUCAGCCGCCACGUGCCAAUGUCCAACAAUGAUGACGACCUUCUGCAGUAUGCCAUCCAUCAGAGCCUCCUCGACUCUCAAAGAGGCUCAGGCCAGGAGGAGAGCUGGAGUGAUGCUAAUGGAGAACUUCCACAGGCAAUGACAGGCAGCCAGAGCGACAGAAGUAUCCCAGAGGGGGUGCUGGUCGACUUUGGAGACAACGUCAGCCCCGCUAGCUCUCCUUCCACUUCCAGCCAGGACUCAGACCUACGCCUGGCCAUGGAGCUCUCUGCUCAAGCUCAAGAAGAGGAGGAGAAGAUGAGGAAGCAGGAGGAGGAGGAGCUGGAGCGGAUAUUGCAGCUAUCGCUCACUGAGAAGUGAAAAGGGAGAAAGAGGGAAUUUUAAAACAACUUUCCUGGAACCAGAAGCAACCACCACACCUCAGAUUUUCCUUCCUAACCUCUCUAAAUCCACCUAUGCAACCACAGAUUUAUGUUUUUACUGUAACAGGCAAUAAAAACUCUUCAUUAUUUUCCAAAACAUACGGUAUUUUUGAUAAGAAUGUACGCUUUCCUAUAUUCCUAUUUUGGUCUUAGUUAAUUCAGCCUGUUGAGGUCAUUUAGAGUGAUUUUAUUUCUUUCAGAUUCAGACUCACAGCAGCAUUCACAUGUAUUAAUCAUAUUUUUUAUUAACAUGCAACCUCUGAUUUGUUUUUUUGUUUUUUUUUUAUCUUGGCACAUUACAUUUUUCUGUUUGAGUGUUAUUGCAAAGUCUUCCUACAGAGUCACUGCUUACAGAAAUCUUGGGCUCAUUGAAUAAGAAAAAUCUCAGGGUUCCAACUUUAUAGAUUUUUUUUUUUGUCCAACAUGUUGGAUUUAUUUAUGAGUUUCAGAACAAUUAUAGCCUGUUAAAUGUUUGAUACAAAAUGGUACUAUUCAUGCAUAUCACGCAGUUGUAAAACAGAGUAGAGUGGUGGGUUCAUGAAGCCAUUUAUGAAUGCAUUUUGAUGUACUUUGUGAAUGUACAGGUCUGCAGGUGGUUAAACAAAAGCAUGUUGCUGUAGAAGAUGGUUUUUUUUCAAGUAUCUGCAUGGUGACAAAUCUGUGCUGCAGCCAGGCCUAAACUUCACUCGAGGUAAUAAAGAACUUAUUUUUGUAACCUGUCA